GUGUAAGUGUGCACACGUAAUAGUGCUAAUAUUGUGCAUCACCCUUAAAAGGAUCUUGGUGCACCAGAAGAUGCCGUGGCACCCUGGUUGAGAAUGACUUGUUUACACAUUGAAGUUAUACUGGUAUAGUGAUACGGUUUAAAUUUCCAGGAGGAUAUACCAGAAAAAAAUUCAAAGGUAAGCAAGGCCUGAGUCUUAACAGGGCCUUUCAGUUAUCCUGCACAAACUGAUUUGAACUAACAUGAUUGAAAAGCUUACUCUUUUAAUUGUCAAGACAGGAUAUUUGCUAUGCCAUCAAUGACCUAAAUCACUCUCUCUUUCUUCAUUUUUUGAGUUAGGACCAAGGCCUUGACAGAGUUUCAUCGGUUUAAUGAAAGGUGUGACUUUAAAAUUAAUUUAAUUUAGCUGAAAUUAAUGCUGAAUCCAGUGUGGAAAUAUUUAAUUCCAUUCAUCUUAAUUAAUUUCUUCAUCUAAUUAAGCUACACUCUGAUGAACUAGGCUUAUAUCAGUUAAGGAACAUCCGCACUAGGCUUUGUAGUAGGUCCACUAAAUUAAUUUAAUCGUUUUAGGGCAGGUGUCUAUGCACCAGAGCCCCCCUUCAAGCUGGUGGAAGUUUGAAUUAUAGAUAAGACUGUGGGCAGCUGGGCUGCUUUCCUUAUAAGUGAGUGGGCUGUGCUAUUCCCAUGCAAGAACAACAGAGAGGAGGUGACAAAGGGAGCAGCAAGCUGCAGAGACACCGUAGUGCAGUAUGGACUUGCCUUGUUCCCCUCCCCCCAUCUGGCUCUGUGGGUAGGUUUUACAUACAUUCAUAUAUAGUCAUCAGAGAGAAGAAGACACACUCACAGGCAAACCCACAACAAAACCCACGCAGGCAGAGCUGAGAACCCUCUCCAGGAAGCUGACUUAUACUAAACCACUCGCCUAUUUCUUGUUACAUUACAUCUUGCUUUGCUGUCCCUGCCAGCAGAUUAACUAAACCCAGUCUCCUGGGCUUUUUUUUAUCUUUCUUAAGUAAAAUACUGAGAACCUGGUAAGGAAAAUUCAACUGAAGAAAAAACUUAGAGCUCACAUUUUCUUCUUUAUCUCCCACCUGCACUUAGAAUGUUCUGCCUUCUAUAACAUUUAUUUUCGAGAGCCUCGUUCAACUUCCUGUGUCUGCUCUGUUUCCAUUAGUGCAUGGGGCAGGCUCAAGGUUGUGAUAUCUGGAAGAGGCCAUCUUUAACAUAGAUUUGUCUUGAGGAUGACAUUUUUAGAGUUGGCAAUACCAGAGGAGGUAGGACAAUGCUUGAUUAUAAAAUAGAAGCAGAAUAAAUUGUACCAUGGAUGCCAAUUGAAAACAAUGCAAGUCUACCUGAUGUUUUGUUUUUUAUCCUCUGGGAAAUCAGCUUAAUCAUGUAAUGUACUAUAAAUAUAUAGCUAGAAAAGCCAAAUAUUAGGGCUGUAAACUGAAGUAGGUUACUGCAGUGCAUUUGUCUACAUGUCACUGUAAGGUGAUCAUUCCUUUUGUACAAACUCCAGAAUUGUCUCCACUCUUAAUACAUGAAGGAAACAUAGUAAUGAUUUAAUGCUCAUUAGAGGGACAUUCAAUUUAGAAAUUCAGUUGUGGGAUUUUUUUAGUCUUCAUUUCUCUUGCACAAUCAAUCAUCAAGUCUCUCUCAUGCUUAUAUGAAUAUUGCACAUAGCUACUGGAGAAGAGAAAAAUAUUUCUAAAGAUUGGAAAAUGUGAUUAAGUCUUUGUCGGGUCCAGAGGAGCACUAUGAAGUUACUUUUAAUUAACUUGUUGAAACUAAGUUUCAAAAUCAUUGUAUCCUCAUCAGUAUAACAGUUGGGGUGGAGGGUCUAUUCCCUUGACUUAUGUUCUUAGUUUUUUGUUGAAAGACAUGUAACAAAGGCAUGUUAAGCAUAUUUUUAUUGCAGUAGAUACCGCAUCACUUCUAAGACCAAAGAAGAUUCCUGUCACAUGAGAUCUAUAUCUAAAGUCAGUUUUUUCUUUGUUGUCAUCACAGAAGUUCUGUUAUCUUGAAUUAUAGAACUGUUUAAAUAAUCAAAUUAGUUAGUGUGCAGUGUUUUUAUGUGUUACACCUAGAAGCUUGGAUACAUUUUCAGAAGUGCUUGAGGAGCCUAGAUUAUAUUUUCACUAGUGAACUAUGGGAUUUGGAGCCUCAUACUCAGUGAAACCUGGAGGGACUUGACCUCCUAAUGACUUACAUGCUUUUGAAAACUUACCCCAUUUGCUUAGAGAGAUCUGACCUGUGCAUAAUAUAAAUGCUUAUAAUAAAGAAACAACAUUAUUGAAUUUUUACCCUAGAGUGAUUUUUUUUAUGCUACUAGGUGGAAUAAUGGGGCCUUUAAUCCCUGCUUCAAGAACAUGACUUGCAACCGCCAAAAAGAUGUCCUGAGAAGCUUAUUUUGAUGAUGAAUGACGGGUUUGUUUUCAUUGAGUUAUAAAUGUUAAAUUUUAAAUUUUCCUCUUUCAGGAAGGUCAUUUGACUCACUGAAGAGUUGGCAGGAUCAUACACUUGUGUGGGAGAGAAGGGGAUUUUAUACUCCAAUGAAAUACCCACAUUUUGAAAUGCUAAGAAAUCUGGAUGACUUCUUGCUGAAUAGAAAUUAUUUCUAAAGCAUCUUGGUACGCUGAAACAGGACAGUUUGAGGCGGACUCUGAGAAAAUGUUGGAUUCAAUCAAGUGUGUCCUGGUUGGAGACUCUGCAGUGGGGAAAACAUCACUCCUGGUACGUUUCACCUCUGAGACUUUUCCAGAUGCUUACAGGCCCACGGUGUAUGAAAACACAGGGGUGGAUGUCUUCAUGGAUGGCGUGCAAAUUAGUCUUGGCCUUUGGGAUACAUCAGGCAGUGAAGCCUUCAAAGGUAUCCGUCCCCUCUCCUAUCAACAGGCUGAUGUAGUACUAAUGUGUUAUUCAGUGGCGAACCACAAUUCCUUUUUAAACCUGAGGAGUAAGUGGAUGUCCGAGAUCAGGAACCAUUUGCCCCGAAUCCCUGUUUUAGUGGUGGCAACUCAGACUGACCAGCGAGAAACAGGACCAUAUCGUUCGUCCUGCAUCAGCCCACUAGAUGGGAAGCGGCUGGCCCGGGAGGUCAAAGCCAAAGGCUACCUGGAAUGCUCUGCCCUCAGCAACAGAGGAGUGCAGCAGGUAUUUGAGCACGCAGUCCGGACUGCAGUGAAUCAAGCCAAGAAACAGAAUAGGAGGAAGCUCUUUUCUAUUAAUGAGUGCAAGAUCUUUUAAGUACUUCCAAUUGCCUUUUGGCCACAUCACUUCUUUCCUUACACAGAGGUAUACCAGCUCAGAAAAUGGAAGGUGAGAUGGCCUCUGAGAACCAUAAUGCUGGUGUUUCUGAUGAGCCACUUAUACUCUCAAUCUGACCUGCUUUUUUUUCCCCCUUUCCAUGGAUGAUACCUUCAAAACUGAAAAGUGCAGCUAAAUUUCCUUUCUGCACCAAACUGCAACAGAACUCUUGUUACCAUAGACUGUUUGGUCAAAAAGUACUGGAAUGAGCCUGAAAUGGAGAAGCUGGGAUCGUGUCCAUCAUCUUUAUUUUUUUAAUUGUACUUGUUGGUUUAUUUGUCCCCAUUUAUUUAACAACAGAAGACUUUUUGUUUGGACUGAAAAUCCUGCUGACAGAUUUUCCAUAUGGAGUCUUUGAUUCUAAAAUGUUGUAUAUAAAGUCUAACCAUUGUAUAGUUUAUUUAAAAAGACUUGUACAUUUUGUUUUAAACCCUUCUAAUACAGA